ACAAAUUCAAAUAAUUUUCGCGAAUGUAAACAUUUACUAAGCCACUGUCUUUUUAUAUUGACUGCUUUAGCUACUCUAGUUUGGCAACAAACGGCCUCUGUAAUCCUGUUUGACAACAAAAAUUAUGUAAGUUGGAGUUUUUAAUUUUGAGGUAAUGGAGCAUGGGGGCAUGUUUAAGUCUUGACGAAGAAGAAAGACGAGCUCAAAUAAGAAGCGAAGAAAUUGACAGACAACUUGCGGAGCUUGCAAAACAAGAGCGAAAUGUCAUAAAAAUACUCUUGCUGGGGGCUGGUGAAAGCGGAAAAAGCACACUGGUGAAGCAGAUGAAAAUAAUACAUAGUGAUGGCUUCACUACAGAAGAGCUCAAAAGUUUUAAACCAACAGUGUUGGACAACAUAUUAAGUUCAAUGAAGUAUGUACUCACAGGCAUGGGAAUACUGCGUAUCAAUUUAGAAAAUGCCAAAAACAAGGCUCACGCUCAAACAAUUUUAUCUUGCCAAUGUUGUUUUGAUGAAAAUUUUGUGAUGCUGCCAUUCAUCUGUAAUUCAUUACGAAAUUUAUGGAAUGACAAAGGUGUAAGAUUAGCUGUGGCUCGAGGAUAUGAGUAUGAACUUAAUGAUUCAGCACUCUACUUGUUUGAAAGUAUGGAUCGUAUUUGCUCAGAAAAAUAUGUGCCAACAGCCACUGAUGUCCUCAGAGCUAGGGUACGCACAACAGGCAUUAUUGAAACUCAUUUUAAAAUAAAUGAUUUUGUGAUACGAAUGUUUGAUGUUGGAGGACAAAGAUCUGAACGACGCAAAUGGAUUCAGUGUUUUGAUGAUGUUGGUGCCUUAUUAUUUGUUGUUGCAUUGAGUGGAUAUGACAUGGUGCUGCAAGAAGACACAUCUGUUAAUCGACUGCAAGAAAGUUUGCAGUUGUUUUCAUCUAUAUGCAAUAACCGCUUCUUCAUUAAUACAUCCAUGAUUUUAUUUUUGAAUAAAUUAGAUUUAUUUCGAGAAAAAAUACUAUAUUCUGGAAGACAUCUUCGUUAUUACAUGGUUGAUUAUGAUGGUCCAGAUUAUGAUGUAGAUAGUGGAGCAUUGUUUGCCCAACAUAAGUUCCAAGCACAAAACAAGCAUUCUGGAAAAGUUAUCUAUCCCCAUUUUACAACUGCAACAGACACUAGCAAUGUUCAAGUUGUUUUCCAGGUUGUUAUGGAUACCAUUGUGAGAGAAAAUUUAAAGACAGCUACAUUGCUGUAAAGUGAAAAUGUACAUUUUACUGAAGUGCCAUGUCCAAAAUGUAUAUAGAAUACCAUAAUCAUUUUUAUACAUAUUUAUAUAUACAAUGAAUGUAUAUUUUUCCCUUUUUAGAGUUUAGAAGUUGUGUUGUUUAAUAUUUUGUUUUCUAUACACU